ACUCUUUCUCCUACAAAUUUCUGCAUUUACUCUGAUCUUACACUUAUGACUCUGCAAUGCAUUCGCUCUAUCCCUGUUUCUUGUGGGUCUGUUUCUUUUUCUUUAUUGCCUUCAAUUUUCCCUCACUUUCUUUCUCUUUCUUGCCCUCACAAAACGUAACCCUCUUAGGUGACGCCUAUUUCGGAAAUAAGGCCAUUAGUCUCACCCAAGAACUCAGCUGUCACCACCAUUCUUCUUCAUCUUCUUCUUCUUCUGGGGUUGGAAGAGCUUUCUAUGUAAACCCAGUUCGAUUUCUUGAUUCUGAAACGAACUCUACAGCUUCUUUCUCUUGCCGCUUCACUUUUUCAAUUGUCUCUUCCCCUUCGUGUCAUUCUGGUGAUGGCAUUGCCUUCAUGAUCAUCUCCAAUACCGACUUGGUCAGCUUCUCUCGUGGCUAUAUGGGUCUCCCAUCUCUAUCUAUAAAUCAGCAAGAUUCUUAUUUUGCUGUGGAAUUUGACACCAAUUUUGACCCUGCAGUGGGUGACAUUAAUGGGAAUCACAUCGGUAUUGAUGUUGAUACAAUCAUAUCUAUCGCCUCAGUGGAUGCUAUUUCUGAGGGAAUUGAUCUGAAGAGUGGGAGAAAAAUUACGGCUUGGAUUGAGUACAGAGAUGCCCAGAAAAUGGUUCGUGUAUGGGUGGGUCACUCUCCAGCUCGGCCUCAAACUCCUAUUUUGGUUGCUCAGAUUGACCUCUCUGAGAAACUUAAGGAGUUUAUGCAUGUGGGUUUCUCUGCCUCCAAUGUGAUGGGCUCAGGUAUUCAUUCUAUCGAUCAUUGGCAAUUCAAAACUUUUGGGUUUAUUAGUUCAGUGAAUCCGAUAGAUAUGGUAGAGGAAGGAGACUGUUUCUUUUGUUAUCCAGAGAAUUCUACCAUAGCUACUCACCAGAUUGAUAAUACUUACUAUAGAAGAGAAAAGCUAGGGGACAUGGCUCUUGGGUUGGGAGGCAUUGCUGCAUUUAUAGUCUCUGCAUUUUUAAUCUGCAUAUUCUUGGUUAAGAGAAAAAAGGCAAGUGUUGGAGAUCCUUUGAGAGAAGAUCAACAUUGUGAAUUCCAAUCCACAAAACUCCCCUCAAGAUUGUCUCUCUCUGAAAUCAAAUCAGCAACAAUGGGAUUCAGCAGAGACAGACUUGUUGGGGAAGGAACAUCGGCAAAAGUCUAUAAAGGGUCUCUUCCAUAUGGAGGAGAUGUUGCUGUGAAAAGAUUUGGGAAGGUUAAUGGCUGUAAUAGCAUAGACUAUUUGCACAAUCCUUUUACCAAUGAGUUUGCCACCAUGGCUGGCUGCUUAAGGCACAAGAACUUGGUUCAGCUUCAAGGAUGGUGCUGUGAAGGGUCUGAGUUAGUUCUUGUCUAUGAGUACCUGCCUAAUGGUAGCCUCAACAGAAUCCUACACAAGAACUACAAUUCUUCAGUGGUUCUUUCAUGGAAACAAAGGGUGAACAUAAUUCUGGGGGUUGCUUCUGCCCUCACCUAUCUUCAUGAAGAGUGUGAGAGGCAAAUCAUUCACAGAGAUGUGAAGACCUGCAAUAUAAUGCUCGAUGCAGAUUUCAAUGCCAAGCUUGGGGAUUUUGGACUGGCAGAAGUCUAUGAGCAUAGUUGUGAUACAAGAGAAGCUACUUUGCCUGCAGGAACAAUGGGUUACCUUGCACCUGAAUAUGUAUAUUCAGGUGUUCCAACUGUGAAGACUGAUGUGUACAGCUUUGGCAUAGUGAUGCUAGAAGUGGCUACUGGGAGGAAACCGGUGGAAGAUGAUGGAACUGUUAUUGUAGAUUACACAUGGAAGAUGUGGGAAAAGAGAAACCUGGUUGAAGCUGGAGAUCCAAGAUUGAUGGGGAAGUUUGAUGUGCAAGAGAUGGAGAGGAUGCUCAUGGUGGGGCUUAUAUGCGUGCAUCCAGACCAUGAGAACAGGCCAAGAGUGAGAGAUGCAGUUAGGAUUCUCAAGGGUGAAGCACCGCUUCCAUUUUUACCUGCAUGUAAACCAAGGGUGAGAAUUAGGCCUGUCUUACCAAAUGAUACUGAUGAAAUAUUGGAUGUUAUAGGAAACAGACCCAGUACUGAUGAGGCUUCCUAUUUGACCCCAAGGAGCCGCUUUAACUGAGAAUUGUACAUUGUUCAGGUUUAUAGAUGAUGAUCGUGUCCAAAUUUUUAGUUCUAUCAGAAGCAAACAUAAAGGAUUAUGCUCAAAGGCUACAAUAUGAAUGAAUGGAUUCUUUUAGUCUCAAA